AUGACUGAAGAGCCGAAUGACAUGACGAAGCCGUUAAGCCAAACUGUCGCUUCAGCCUUCAACUCCCUUCAUCUCUCCGGUCCAACCAAAUCGUUAAACUCUAAUGCAAAAACCCGAUUCACCCAAAACCUUAAGAACUGCAACGACCUCGUUUUAGCAACCUUAACCCACUCUCAAAUCCUUAAAUCUGGUCUCCUAAAUCUCACAGUCAUCACUAAUCAUCUCAUCAACUGCUAUGUAAGGUUACGACAAACAUCCCUAGCAUAUCAACUGUUUGAUGAAAUGCUUGAACCAAAUGUUGUCUCCUACACUUCACUUAUGUCAGGUUAUGUCACUCUGAAUAAACCUCAAGUUUGUCUUUGGAUCUUCAGAGAAAUGAUGAAGGCCACGGUUUUACCGAAUGAGUUUACGUUUGCGACCGCGGUAAACGCUUGUUCAUACACUGACCUUCGAAUAGGGAGACAAGUUCACAGCCUCGUGGAGGUUUUCGGGUUUCGAUUUAACCUCGUGGUUUGCUCUUCGCUUGUUCAUAUGUAUGGGAAAUGCAACCGAGUCGAUUUAGCUCGGCGGGUCUUCGAUUCGAUGGACGAUAAGAAUGUUGUUUCAUGGACUUCAAUGAUUGCUGCAUAUGCACAGAAUGGAAGAGGGGAUGAAGCACUUGAAGUUUUUAGAGAAUUCAAUUUCUUAGCUUGGGAGAAUCCGAAUCAGUUUAUGUUGACUACCGUUAUCAAUGCUUGCGCAAGCUCGGGGAAGUUGGUUUCGGGAAAGAUUGCGCACGGUGCAGUGAUCCGACAUGGCCACGACUCCAACGAUGUAGUUGCUAGCGCAUUGGUCGAUAUGUAUGCCAAAUGCGGUUGUAUUGUUUAUUCCGAUUGGGUCUUUCGGAGUGUUCGGAAUCCUUGUGUGAUCCCAUAUACUUCCAUGAUUGUAGCUGCUGCAAAACACGGACUUGGGAAACUGUCUGUUGAACUGUUUGAGGAAAUGGUUGAUAAAAGAAUAAAGCCUAAUGAUGUUAGCUUUGUUGCAAUUUUGCAUGCUUGCAGCCAUUCCGGACUUAUAGAAGAAGGCCUCGAGUACUUUAAUUCAAUGUCGCGGAAACACGAGAUGGUGCCAGAAGCAAAGCAUUAUACGUGCAUUGUCGAUAUGCUCGGUCGAACUGGUCGUCUUGACGAGGCAUAUCGGUUAGCAAAAUCGAUUGAAGUGAAUCCCGAUGAAGGUGCUUCGUUGUGGGGGACACUUCUCUCAGCUGGUAGACUUCAUGGGAGGGUGGACAUUGCUGUUGAAGCUAGCAAAAAGCUAAUAGAAUCCAAUCAACAAGUAGAUGGUGCUUAUGUUACAUUGUCGAAUGCAUACGUUUUGGCCGGCGAGUUAGAGAAUGCUAAUGGUCUUCGGACGAAAAUGAAACAAAGCAGAGUUUACAAGGAACCCGGCUGCAGUUGGAUUGAGAUUAAGGACUUGGCAUACGUUUUCUAUGCCGGAAACGUCUCGUUCGAGAGAGGGACCGAGGUAUCGAGAACAUUAAAGGAGUUGGAAAGGGAAAUGAAAGGAAUGAGUCAAGGGUUGGUAUUGGCUGAUGUGGAAGAAGAAGCCGUGGGAGAAAUAGAUGACCUUUGUGUUGAUUUCAAUGUUAAUUGA